AUGUUGUCUGUAGAUACGCAGGUAUCCAUAUGUGUCUGCAGAAGACUUGUCCAGCAAUUGGAGAAUCAUCUAUCCCUAUCAUUCCAUCCUAGUAGGGUAUCAAGUAGGGGUAAACAUGUCUAUCGUCCUCUACCGUCAUCAUCUCCUGUCAGGUACCACAACUAUCGAGCAGAUAGAAGUAAUGCAGUAGACAGAGUAGUGACUAUAACAUCAUCUCACCUCCAUCUACCCAGCCCCUACUCUAUCUUUACUCUCUUCAUCGUCUUCUCCAUCUUGAUAUCUUCCUCUUCAUCGUCUUUUCCCAUGUUUUACGUCUAUGUUCUACACGUGAUCUCAUGUGACUCUUACAUAAUCACACACUCGGCAAGCGCACAAAAAAAAGCGAAGCCAAAAAAGACUAAGCGAGGGCGAGAAAGCGAAAGUCGAAGAAGAAGAACUUUCAACCUGCUGCGAAUUUCCCGACGGACAACCAACGACGCAGGACAUCCCAAGGGUCGACAGAGGGUCAAGAUGAGUCACCGAAAAUACGAAGCCCCGAGGCACGGCUCUCUUGCCUACCUGCCGCGAAAGCGCGCUGCCAGACACCGUGGAAAGGUCAAGAGCUUCCCCAAAGAUGACCCCAAGAAGCCCGUCCACCUCACUGCCACGAUGGGCUACAAGGCCGGCAUGACCACGAUCGUGCGAGAUCUCGAGCGUCCCGGAGCCAAGAUGCACCGCAAGGAGAUUGUCGAGGCUGUUACCAUCGUCGAGACCCCACCAAUGAUUGCUGUUGGCAUUGUGGGCUACAUCGAGACCCCCCGCGGCCUCCGCUCGCUGACCACCGUCUGGGCCGACCACCUGUCUGACGAGGUCAAGCGCCGCUUCUACAAGAACUGGUACAAGAGCAAGAAGAAGGCCUUCACCCGCUACGCCAAAACCCACGCCGACGCCUCCACCACCACCCGCGAGCUCGAGCGCAUCAAGAACUACUGCACCGUCGUGCGCCUGCUCGCACACACCCAGAUCCGCAAGACCCCGCUCAAGCAGAAGAAGGCCCAUCUGAUGGAGAUCCAGGUCAACGGCGGCAGCAUCGCGGACAAGGUCGAGUUUGCACACGGGCUGUUUGAGAAGCCGAUUGACGUCGACAGCGUGUUUGAGAAGGACGAGGUGGUGGAUGUUAUUGCCGUCACCAAGGGCCACGGCUUCAGUGGCGUUACCUCGCGAUGGGGCACAAAGAAGCUGCCUCGCAAGACGCACAAGGGUCUGCGAAAGGUUGCGUGUAUCGGCGCCUGGCAUCCUUCGCAUGUGCAGUGGACCGUUGCGCGUGCCGGUCAGGACGGCUACCACCACCGCACCUCUGCCAACCACAAGAUCUACCGCAUUGGCAAGGCCGACGACGAGGGCAAUGCCUCCACCGACUUUGACGUCUCCAAGAAGAGAAUCACCCCGAUGGGCGGCUUCGUCCGCUACGGCGAGGUCAAGAACGACUACGUGAUGCUCAAGGGCUCGAUCCCCGGCGUCCGCAAGCGCGUGGUCACCCUGCGCAAGACCCUGUGGCCGCAGGUCUCCCGCAAGGCCACCGAGAAGGUCGACCUCAAAUGGAUCGACACCUCCUCCAAGUUCGGCCACGGCGCCUACCAGACGCCAGCCGAGAAGCGGGCGUUCCUGGGCACUCUCAAGAAGGAUCUUGCUUCGUCUUCGUAA